AGACAGGGUUAUGAUUAUAUCUCCAUUAAAAGUUCUCCACGAGUUUGUGCAAGUUUCAUGACCCACUAUGGCAGUAAACUUGAGCAAAAACGGACCCGCGCUUACAGACGCUUAUAAUGAAGUGGUGAACGGGAGAACGAGCACAGACUGGGUGUUGUUCACCUAUGAAGGAAACAGUAACGACAUUCGAGUUGCAGGAAAGGGAGAUGGUGGGCUUGAAGAAAUGGUGGAGGAACUGAACAGCGGCAAAGUCAUGUAUGCCUUCUGUAAAGUGUUGGACCCCAGCUCUGGAGUUCCCAAGUUUGUGCUCAUCAACUGGACUGGCGAGGGAGUCAAGGACGUUAGAAAGGGUGUUUGCGCCAAUCACGUUCAUUCAAUGGCCAAUUUUCUGAGGGGUGCCCAUGUGACCAUCAACGCCCGAUCAGAUGAUGAUGUUGAACCUGCAGCCAUCAUGGAAAAGGUAGCCAAGGGCUCGGGCGUCAACUACAACAUCCAGAAAGAAUCAAAGCAGAAAAAUAAUUGUGAACCUCCUGGACGUGUGGGCUCUGUUUAUAAAAAGGUCAGUGCUUUAGAUGAAAUAAAGAGUACAGACAGAGACAACUUCUGGGCUAAGGCUGAGCAAGAUGAAAAGACUCGCCGGCAGGAGGAGCGCAGGAAGGCAAAUGAGGAGAGGCAGCGUCUGGAGAAGGAACAGAGGGAGCGGGAUGCUCGAGAGGCAGACGAACGAGAACAAAGUCGGAAGGAGAAAGGGAAAGAGAUCGACCAACAGAGGCAUUUUGAAAAGAAACAAGAGGCAGAGAAUAAAGAACAGGAGCAGAGAAAAUUGGAGAAAGAGCAGAAGGAACACCAGUCUCCUGUCAAAGCAGGAAUACUGCGAUCGGAGUCUGUGCAGAAGGCCAAUGAGGCAGCAUCAAUUAUCUCUCAGCGUUCCAUCAAUCCCAGAGAGCUGUUCAUGAAGAAGGAGAGAAGUUUGGCCAACAGUGCAACGACUUCUUCAACCACCCGACCAAGUCAGUUGAAAAGCCCAUUUUUAUCCCAGCAAGCAGUCAGUGCAGAAAACCCUCCCAAUGAAAGCAGGUCUCAGCCCUUAUCUCCAGUUCGCCCUGCGGCGGCCGUCUCGGUUUCACAUGCACCAGCUCCAGUCUCUCCUGUGAACGAAACUACUGCUUUCCCAGUAGAAAAGGAAGACCCCUUCUCUGAUGAUCCAUUUGUAACUGAACAAGCCGAGGGUUCUGAAGACGAAUGGGAUGAUUCAGGCGGGGAGGGAUUGAGUCCUGAUGCUGGGAAGCAGCAAAGUUAUGAUCUAGACGACAUCUACACAGACGUCCCCUCACAAGAAAGUCUCUAUGAGAACGUUAACCAGGAUUUCCAAACCCAUGCUGGUGAAGCAGAGGAGACAGGCGAAAACCAGAACAUCUGCGCAAGAGCACUAUAUGACUACCAAGCUUUGGAUGACACAGAGAUCACCUUUGACCCGGAUGAUAUUAUCACAGGAAUCGAGAUGAUAGAUGAGGGCUGGUGGAGAGGUUAUGGUCCUGACGGUCACUACGGACUUUUUCCUUCGAAUUAUGUUGAGCUUGUUUAAGUCUUCAGUAAGCAGUCAGAUGCAAUAUCAUUUGACAAAAUGAUUGUGGUUUGUUAAUGUGCUUUGAUGAUGUUACCGGGUGUUUGCAAAAUCUGCUUUCUUUAUACACAGGGAGUUCCUCAGGGGCAGGGGCUCAAAUGUUAAAUGGGGCAAUGUAAAAAAAUAAAAUAAAAUAAAAUUGUAUAGGUCAAAAGUUUGGACACAUUACUAUUUCAGGUCAUCAAGCCUGCAUUUAUUUGAUCAAAAUUUUAAUGUACAUGAAAAUGUUAUGCAAUGCUGAUUUAUUAUGCAAAUAAUGUUCAAUAAAGGUUUAUGUUCUUUUCA